CCUCGAGGAGAAGCGGAAGGGCCCAGAGCCCGGGAGGGGACAGCGGGAAGAUGGGGAUUGGAAUCAGCGCCGAGGACAAGGAGCUGGCCAAGCGGUCCAAGGAGCUGGAGAAGAAGCUGCAGGAGGACGCUGACAAGGAAGCCCGGACCGUCAAGCUGCUGCUGCUGGGCGCUGGGGAGUCAGGAAAGAGCACAAUCGUCAAGCAGAUGAAGAUCAUCCAUCAGGAUGGCUACUCGCCAGAAGAGUGCCUGGAGUACAAGCCCGUCAUCUACGGCAACGUGCUGCAGUCCAUCCUGGCCAUCGUCCGGGCCAUGGCCACGCUGGGCAUCGACUACGCCGAGCCAGGCUGUGCGGAGGACGGGCGACAGCUCAGCCACCUGGCCGACUCCAUCGAGGAGGGCACCCUGCCUCCCGAGCUGGUGACGGCCAUCAGGAAGCUGUGGCGGGACAGCGGCGUGCAAGCCUGCUUCGACAGGGCCGCGGAGUACCAGCUCAACGACUCCGCGUCCUACUACCUGAACCAGCUAGACCGGAUCACGGCCCCCAACUACCUCCCGAAUGAGCAAGACGUGCUCCGAUCCAGAGUCAAAACCACAGGCAUCAUUGAGACCAAGUUUUGCGUCAAAGACUUAAACUUCAGGAUGUUCGAUGUGGGAGGGCAGAGGUCAGAGCGGAAGAAGUGGAUCCACUGCUUUGAGGGCGUCACCUGCAUCAUUUUCUGUGCGGCCCUCAGUGCCUACGAUAUGGUGCUGGUGGAAGACGACGAGGUGAACCGCAUGCAUGAGUCGCUGCACCUGUUCAACAGCAUAUGUAACCACAAGUUCUUUGCGGCUACCUCCAUUGUCCUCUUUCUCAACAAGAAGGACCUCUUUGAGGAAAAAAUCAAAAAAAUCCACCUCAGUAUUUGUUUUCCGGAGUAUGAUGGAAACAACUCUUAUGAGGAUGCAGGGAAUUAUAUCAAGAAUCAGUUCCUUGACCUCAACAUGCGAAAAGAUGUCAAAGAGAUCUACAGUCACAUGACCUGUGCUACAGACACGCAAAACGUCAAAUUUGUGUUUGACGCAGUUACAGAUAUUAUCAUCAAAGAAAACCUCAAGGACUGUGGGCUCUUCUAA